AUGGCGAGUGUAAGGCAUGUAGGAGAUGUUAAAUACGUGAUGAGCUUUUUAAUUCCCAUUGCAGCUAGGUUCCCUUUGAGAGUUGAAUUUGAUUUCUUCUUGGAGUUGGUGGUGAGUAUUCUCCCAGUGGCGUUUCAAGUAUGUGAAGAAUCCUUCUCAGGCAAUGAGUGUGUCAUUAAGGUUUUCAGGCAAGCAAGCACAGGUGGAGGUUCAGAUUUGGGAGAAAAUGGGGAAUUUGAUUUGGGGAUUUCAGAUUUGGGAGAAGAAGGAAUAAGACAUGGAAACAGGAGAAGCAAGGCUUGCCCAACGAUGUCAUUGUGGGAAGUUAGCAGGAAUGCAAACUUCAUGGACCACUUCAAACCCAAGGCGGAGAUUUCUAGUCUACCCAAAGUCAAAGAAAUGUGUGAGAGUUCAAAGUCUUUGCUACUUGGUUUGCUAAAGAAGAUUGACAGGGUGGAAGAGGAAAAUACAAAGAUUCGAGCAAAGUCAAGUAUAUUGUGGGCUGCUAUGUUGCUUUCCUGGUUGGUGGUGUUUGCCAUGAAGAUGAAUUAG